AUGGAAAUUGAUUUACCAAGCUGCGUGCAGGCGAGGUUAAAAUCUGAUGCGGGUGAAGAUACUGGAAGCCCCCUAGACCUUCCUCUCAAUAUAACUAGAGAUCAACUUCAACUAAUAUGCAAUGCUCUACUACAAGAGGAAGAUAAGCUGUUUCUCUUCUUUGUAAAAGAUGUAGAAAUAACAAAUACACUAAAAGAUGCACUGGAUAUAACAAAGUUGAAUGCAGAAGAAGUAGUUGAAAUUAUAUAUCAACAACAAGCCGUGUUCCGAGUAAGGCCAGUCACUCGAUGUACUAGUUCAAUACCUGGGCAUGCAGAAGCUGUAAUAUCUGCCCAUUUCAGUCCCUCCGGAAAACAAUUAGCAAGUGGGUCUGGUGACACUACUGUGAGGUUUUGGGAUCUACAUACACAAACCCCAUUGUAUGUAUGUAAAGGACACUCAAACUGGGUUCUAUGUAUAAGUUGGUCACCAGAUGGUUUCAAGUUAGCAUCAGGAUGCAAGCAAGGCAGAAUAAUAAUAUGGGAUCCAAACACUGGCAAUCAGAUUGGCAAGACUAUGAUAGGUCAUAAGCAAUGGAUCACUGCUCUAUCUUGGGAGCCCUACCAUAAGAAUCCAGAAUGUAGAAAGCUGGCCAGUUCAUCCAAGGAUGGUGAUGUCAGAAUAUGGGAUACUGUAACCGGUUUAACAGUUCUAAGUUUAACGGGACACUCUAAAGCAGUCACUUCUGUUAAAUGGGGUGGCAAUGGACUUAUUUAUACAUCAUCCCAAGAUAGAACAAUUAAGGUAUGGAGAGCAGCAGACGGAGUGCUUUGCAGAAAUCUAGAAGGACAUGCCCACUGGGUAAACACAUUAGCUUUAAGCACAGAUUAUGUGCUGAGAACAGGUCCUUUUCAUCCAGUAACUGAUCAGCAAGCCUAUGACAGUGACAAAAACAUUCUACAGCAGCGGGCCCUCGAGAGGUAUGAAUCAGUAUGUGGUAAAUGUGAAGAACGCCUAGUAUCAGGAUCAGAUGAUUUCACAUUAUUUCUGUGGUUACCAGAAAAGGAAAAGAGACCAUUAGCAAGAAUGACCGGUCACCAGCAACUGAUUAAUGACGUCAAAUUUUCUCCUGACACCAGGUUAAUAGCAUCUGCGUCUUUCGACAAAUCUGUAAGGCUCUGGGAAGCCGCAACAGGCAAGUUUAUAACUACACUCAGAGGCCAUGUCCAAGCAGUCUAUAUGGUUGCUUGGUCUGCAGACUCGAGACUGUUACUGAGCUCGAGUGCAGACUCUACUUUAAAAGUUUGGAAUAUUAAAACGAAAAAAUUAGAACUAGAUUUACCAGGUCAUGCUGAUGAAGUCUAUGCUGUGGAUUGGUCUCCUGAUGGAGCAUGUGUAGCUUCUGGAGGAAAGGAUAAAGUUUUGAAACUGUGGCAACAUUAA